UUACCUCCCUUAUAGUAUUUUUCCAAAACGCAUAAAAAUCGACGAGGAGAAGAGAGGGGAAGAUCCGUGCGAAAGGAAAACGGAAAAAUUAAUAUUAGUUUUAGGGUCCUGAACCAAGCUUGUUGUGCGGAGGGACCGAGUAUGAUGAUGGCGAACAACUCGCUCUAUGUUACACUGUGAACACUCGAGAACCAAGGGGGCUGGAGACAUAGUAUGGAUCAGCGUCCAGCUCCACACCACACUCCUCAGCGUGGAGGGCCACCUAAACAUGGACCUCCUCAACCACACCAGCAACCAAAACGCAAUUAUAAACUCCUUGUUGACCCUAUACUGGUUAAUGGAGCCAGUAAGUUAUAUAGAUUUGAGGGUGUCGUGGAAGGAGAUCCAACAUAUCCUCCUGUUGUAUUGCGUGACCCACGAAAGCAAAAAAUAUGGAUUCGCCCAGAGACUAUGGACAUUGCUGUCCCAAGAUUUAAGAUUGACUCGGAUUAUGUAGGCCCACCACCACCUUUAGAAGUUACAAUCUUCAACAUUAAUGACAAUAUUGAUCGGCAGUUUCUGCACAAUGAAAUUGUAAAUAAACAUCAAUGUGGAUCCAUAGAAGAACUAGAAAUUUUCAAUCAUGAGUUAUCACGAAAGCACUUGGGUGUUGCCAGACUUAUCUUUGAAAACCCAGAAGGUGCUCGCAUCUGUGUCAAGAAGCUCAACAAUUCUACUCUCAUGGGCAAGGUUCUCCAAGUAUUUCUUGACCCUUUUGGAGAAGAGUGCAAAAAGCGUGUCGAGGAGGUUGGUGCUCAGUUGGAGGAAGAAGCCAAGAGAGAGGAAGAAGCUAAAGAAGCAAAGAAAAGACCCCCUCCCCCAACCAAGCCUCCACCUCCAUCAUCAGAUGAUGAGCCGCAGUCGCAGUCAGCCAGAGAGAGGGAAAGAGAAAGGGAGAGGGACAGAGAGAGAGAGAGGGAGAGAGAAAGGGAACGGGAAAGAGAAAGACGUUCAGUGGAGAAGGCAGACUUUGAGCGAAACAGAUAUGAAGAUGCUAGAAAACCUGGCAGUAGUGUCUUCCAGCCCCCUUCUUCAUCAACAAAUGCCACAAUGCCUGCCUCAUUCUAUCCUGAGGCAAGACCUCAGCAGUAUGGAUACCAGCAGCCAAACUUCCCAGGUUAUGAUCAAUAUCAUCACCACUACCAGGGUUACCAAUACCAAGAAUUUAGAGGAACGUAUCCUCCCAAUGUCGCACCUGGACACCACUGGGGCCCUGCAGGUACUCCAGGUACAGCUCAGCAACAGCAGCAACCCUGGGCAGCUCACCCAUCUGGCCAUAUCCAGCCUCAUCCUCAAGGUGAACAUCAUUCCUCCAACUCACACCAUGCAUGGGACACCACUCAGUACCAUUCCUUGGAGUACCAGCGCAACUCCCACAAUGACAGUCCAUAUGAGAACAAGAGUGCUGGCAGAUCCAAACUUGAUGAGCGCUUGGAGAAGAUGGAGCCAGCUAUCAACAUCAACAACAAACCUCCCAAACAUGAGUCUGAAGAAGAGGAGGACAAAUCAAAUCUGGACUUGGACACAAGGAUUGCCAUGCUGCUGCAGAACAAGGACAGUGGGAUGGCUCCCCCAUUCCUGGCUCUUGGGCUGGAAAGUGAUGAGGAGGAGGAGAAGAAGGAAAACAUUGUCCAGGAGGAGAAUAGAGUGAAGGAAAAGGAAUCUAGUGGCCCUACUUCCUCAAGUAGCAGUACCACAGACUCAGAUACUGGUUCUUCCUCUGAUGUGGAGAGUGAUAGUGAAUGUGGUGAUAGUUCAAAAGAAUCUAGCAGAGGGGAGGGCAAGUCAGACUGGGCUCUACUAGAAAACAUUUUAGAACCUCUUUCAUCUCCCCCAUCCCCAUUCUUGUCACAUGAGAUGUACUUGUAUUGGCAUGAGAAGGGGAAUGAACUUAAGAAAGAAGCGCAAAGGAGAGAGAAGGAGGAAAAUAGAGAAAGAUUAAAAAAGCUCAAGAAAAAGAAAGUGAAAAAGAAAAGUAAAGAAACUAAAGGAAAUGAUAAAGUAAAAGAAAUUAAGAGUGAAGUGAAAGUAGAGCCUAUGCAAGAAGAUAGUCAAGUAAAUGGUAUUGAUGAUGAUAGGAUGAGUUUAUCUAGUUUAAGUUCAACUGAAGAUCCGAUCUUACACGUCCCUAUUCCACCUGCGGGAAGUGCUGUUCCUCCACCUGGGGGACCUUUUACAGCUCCUCCCCCCGGUUACUCCCAGUAUGCACCCCCUCCAGGUUAUCCUCCCUCUUAUCUACCCCCUGGGUAUCCCCCCCAACAUGCCAUGACCCAGGAGGCAGCCUACCAGUGGCAGCCACCUCCAGGUUAUCCCCCUAAUUUUGUGUCAGGAUACCCAGGUUAUAAUACAGGUUAUAUGACCAUCCCAUCAGGAUAUUCUUCCAUAAGCCAUCCACCACCAGGCCCUAGUGUUCCAGGCCAGGCACCAUUUCCACCAUAUUUUGGAGCAGGCUACCCAGCUACACAGGACCCCAGUGAUUCCACCCACAAAAGUGGAGAGUACCACGACCCAACUAUCAAUGCUGUACUUGAUACUGUUAUUGAGGAACUUAAAAGUAUUCUAAAACGUGAUUUUAACAAAAGAAUGAUAGAGGCCACAGCAUUCAAGACUUUUGAAGCCUGGUGGGAUGACCAGGAAAGGAAGUUCAAAGCACAAGCUGCUGCAGAAAAGGAGACAUUCACAGACAAGCAAGCAGGACCUCAGGCACGAAUAGAAAAAAUAAAUUCUAUAACGUCUUUAUUAGAAAAUCAAGAAGGCUUUGGUCUCGACUCCAUAGGUUCUAUGGGGUUAGGCUUCAGAGCUGCUAUGCCUAAAAUGCCAUCAUUUAGAAAAAUACGAAAAAUCAAACCACCUUCACCACCCUGCAUGGAUGAGGAUAGCAGAGGCCCCAUCUCAGAUGAAGAACAAAAGGAAGCAAGACCAAAAUUAGAUGACUCUUCGGAUUCUGAUUCAGGUCCUGAUGACUUAGUUCCUCCUAAAAAGACCAAACCAUCACCUUCUACUACCAAAAGGAAACCUAAAUGGUCAUCAGAUGAAUCUGGUGGUGAAACUUCAGAUAGAGAAGAGGAAAAAGAAGAGUCAUCAUCAUCAUCUUCAUCUAGCUCUGAGUCAUCGGAGUCAGAGUCAUCAUCGUCAUCAUCUGUUGAGAGUGAAGAUGAAGAUGAACCUGAAGAGCUCAAGGAAUUACGGCGAUUGGAGGCAGAGUUUGAUGCUCAUGUUAGAUCAACAGUGGAUUCAGUCAUGCGCACUCCUGAGCAUGACAGACCAGCCACUCCUCUCCCAGAACUUCUCCCAGACCAGAUGGAGGAUACAUGGUUAGAUGAAUCCCCACCUGCUCCUGCUGCCCCAGCACCAAAAGAACCUGCACCUUCUCCGGCAAAGAAAUCUCCUCAGUCAAAGUCUAAAAAGACUCCCAAAAAGAAUGAGCCUGCAGUCACUCCCAGGAAACCCUCCAAACCCCCUGUGCCAGAGAAGAAGGAGAAGGCUCAGAAACCUAAGGAAAGGAGAAAAGAAGCAGAAAAAACAGAGAAGUUGAAAGAUGCACCAAAAGCUAAUGACUCUGAUUCAGAAGCACAGACUGACACUGCUGAUGAGAAGAGUGACCUUGAUGAUGGAAUGGGUGAGUCAGCUGAAGCGGCAGAAGCCCUUAUGGCACUAGCAGGAGCAGCAGUGAAUGGCAGAGCAAGAUCAACAUCUUCCUCUUCUACCACUUCAUCUUCGUCAUCAUCUAGUGCAGCCACUGGAUCAACAGGAGAGGAGAUGAGAUCACCUGUUCUCAUGGAGCACAGCUACUGCCUUCCUUGGGCACCCAAGGAUAGUACACAAGUUACCUUCUUGCCUCCAGAGGAAUUAUCUAAAAAAGGACAAAGGGUAAUGGGUGGUUCUGAUCAUGACUACACCAGAGCACGAACUCCACCCAAAGGAGAAAAGACGAAAUCCCCCAAGACCACAAGCAAAUUCACUACACCCAAGCCACGUGGCAAAGAAAACCGGGCCAUGCAGAUUAAGAGAGAAACAGAGGAGAAGCGGAAAUCUACUCCUCAGUUGCCGUCAAAAUCACCCUUGGUUUCAACCUUCCAGCCUCGCAACCAAAUGGAAGAGUACAACGUUCUAUAUUCAUUUCUUAUACGAGGUAUUGAUCAAGAAGAUAUUGAGCUCCUUAAGAGAAGCUAUGAAUGCAUGCUGGCAGAUGAUAGCCAGUCCUACUGGCUGAAUGACACGCAUUGGGUGGACCAUCCAGCCACAGACAUCCCUCUGCCCCCCAGAAAAAAACGGAGAGUGGAUGACUUACCUCUGCACAAGACUGGUUGUGCUCGUACUGAAGGAAUAUACAAAGUGGACUCCAAACAGAAGCAGAAGCAUAAAUUUACAUUCCAUCAAGACCACGCAUUACUUGCCAGUGAAGAGCCUCAGCAACAGAGUCUGGCUGUUCUAGAGUCCAGUAAAGCGAAGUUGACACAGAUGGCAGUGAGCAGGGAAGUGCGCUCCUUCCAGAGAAGACUCCUUACGGCCUUUGGCAAUGAAACUGACUCAGACUUGCUCAAGUUUAAUCAGCUCAAAUUCCGCAAGAAACUCCUGAGAUUUGGAAAAUCUCGCAUCCACGACUGGGGAUUGUUUGCCAUGGAAGCCAUUGGUUCUGAUGAGAUGGUGAUUGAGUAUGUUGGGCAGAGUAUAAGAUCAAUCAUCGCAGAUCUUAGAGAAAUCCAAUAUGAAAAGAUUGGCAUAGGGUCCUCUUAUCUCUUCCGAAUUGAUAUGGAAACAAUAAUUGACGCGACAAAGUGUGGUAAUCUGGCCCGUUUUAUCAACCAUUCAUGCAAUCCAAACUGCUAUGCAAAAAUUAUCUCCGUUGAAACGCAGAAGAAGAUUGUUAUAUACUCAAAGCAGCCAAUUGCUUGUGGUGAAGAGAUCACAUAUGACUACAAGUUCCCAAUUGAGGAAGAGAAGAUUGUCUGUCUUUGUGGAGCUGCUCAGUGCAAGGGGACACUCAACUAGCCUGUCAAGAGGAUAUGGAUUAUGUUUAUGGGGAGGAAACAGAGAGAGAGAGAGAGAGAGAGAGAGAGAGAGAGAGAGAGAGAGAGAGAGAGAGAGAGAGAGAGAGAGAGAGAGAGAGAGAGAGAGAGAGAGAGA